AUCAUCUACAUGUCGUUGUCCCUCCAAACAUUUUGAAGGAUACGGUAUCAAGCGACUGGUGCCAUGAACUGGCUCGUGACUUGGGCAAGUGGUAUUCAUGGUGGAUCAGGGUCUUGUGGCUGCAUAGCAUGUACAACAACGGAGAGAUGGAAAUCUCAGAUUCCAACACGGCUAAUGACUUUGACGUGCUCACAAACCAAGUCAUGCGUGACUCAACUCAAUUAUCUCAUGUUGAUCUGGAAUCAAAACGAUUCUGUCAUAGCACUGCUUGGGGAACCUUUUGGAAGGACUCGUACUUCUUCAAGCAUCAAGUCAAAAUCCAGAUGUCUUCACCAGUGUUGGAGGGACAUGAAGAGAUUCUUGAGAGCAUGCAACGCCAAGGAUAUGUGUCUUCAUGGGAACAAGAGGACGAAGCUCUUGACAUAUGUGUGAAUGCCGCGCAAGUGCUGCAGGAUUGUCAAGGAGUGCCAUGGGUCUCUCAAUGGAAAGUCGGCCUCGAUAGGUGGGAAGGAUGGUGGAUUCAUUUCUUGUGGCUGCAUUACCGGCAUGAAGACGUGAAGGAGUUGACUGCCAUGUGCUUGCAUCUCCUUGAUGACCUGCAGCUCAUGAAGGUGAUUGAAAGCAAGAACGAGCCCAUGUGUCUUGAGCAAGAAGCUGACGUACACGGGACCACCACUGACAUCCAGAUCUCCCCGGUUGGCCAUGGCACGCUGCGCUUUCUUCAUGAGGAGAUUCUCAAGCAGAUCAAUGCCAUGGGAUACUCCAUUGAGUGGGAGUUCUCUGAUGACGAAUCAGAGCUCUUCAUACGAGCGUCAACGGGGAUCUUCCAUCAAGCUGAUUGCGCGUGGACAGCAACCUGGGCCAACGAUCAAGCAUCUGGAGAUUGCUGGCUAGAUCGCAUCAAGUUCCUUGUUGGCUCUCAGAAUCAUCGGACGAGAAAAUAUGCUGUCUUGGACGAGUGUUCUGCCAUCAGUGAUACAGCGACAGACGCAAGAACGUUCAUCAUUCCCCGAGGAAUACUGUUGCAAGAGAAGCGAGACCUUGGCCUCUCUCGGCUUUUUGAAAGAGGGCUCAUUCUCGACUGGAGCUGGGAAACUGAAGAAACCAUUCGUAUUGUGGUUGGAAAGGACUUCUGGCAGAAUCAUUGCGACGCGUCUUUGUGGUGCAACAAGUGGAUAAGUAAGUCGUACCCAAAGUAUUCAUGGGUGCCAGUAUGGUUGUGUUUGCUGUGGAUGAUGAAUGUGGAUGAGGAGUUUGCCUCGGAGACGUCCUCAUGGGAGAGAGAGACUGACCUAGAAGCCUGCCUGUGCUCCCUCAUCCUUGAUGGGCUGUAUGUGUUCGAUGAAUGAUUGAAUAAAUGCUGAAAGACUCUUG